CGGUGCACUGAAAUCUCACACAUAGCCUCCCACCACGAGAUCUCACGUAACCCGCAUAGUUUGAAAAACAGCAAAAUCACCCCACUCUUUUUCUCUCCGAAAAGUUUUGAAUUAAUAUUUUCGCUACCGUAACGUCUACUUCUCUUAAUCGUGAAGGUCUCAAAGCUAAUUGAAGAGAAAACCGAAAAGGUGCCAGUUUUUUAACAUGUCUGAUUCCGGUGCAAGGUCAAGAAAUGAGGCUAAUAAGAAUCAGAGGCAAAAUCUUCCUUCUUGGAUGAGUUCAAGUGACAAUGGAAAUAAUUCUCAUGGAAAGAAGUCAACAGAUGCUGAUAAUGAUGAGGAGAAUGAAGAAACCAAACAAGCUAUAGGGCAAGCCCUUAGAGGGGGUAGUUCCUCUAAUAAAACCGAACAAGGCAAAAAGUCUGCUGCUUCUCGUUUCAGUAACAUGAACUUCUCCAAACUUCUGGAAGGAGUUGUUUUUGUGUUGUCCGGGUUUGUUAAUCCAGAGAGAAGUAUGUUGAGGUCAAAGGCCAUUGAGAUGGGAGCAGCUUAUCAAGCUGACUGGAAUUCAGAUUGCACACUAUUGGUUUGUGCCUUUCCAAAUACUCCAAAGUUCUGGCAAGUUGAGGCAGAUUGUGGUACAAUUAUCUCAAAGGAAUGGAUAUUAGAAUGUUAUAACCAGAAGAAGCUUGUUAAUAUUGAAAUGUACCUUAUGCAUGCUGGGAAACCAUGGCGGAAAGGCAAUAUAUCUCAUAAAACUAGCAAAGAAGAAACCUCAUCUAAAAAAUCUAAGAAGGUUGAAAAGAAAUCACAAUCAAAGCCAACCACCUCUUCAUCCUCCAAGCAGAAUAAGACUUCUAAUCCUGGCAAAGAGAGCAUUUCUCCUUCUGAACUUAAAAAGUGGGUUGCUGAUGAUUUAAAUAAAACCAUCUCAUGGCUAGAGAGUCAAGAGGAAAAGCCAGAGCAAAGCGAAAUAAAACAAAUUGCUGCUGAAGGGAUCUUAGUUUGUUUGCAAGAUGCCAUAGAUUCUCUUGAACAGAAGCAGGGUGUGCAGCAUAUAACAGAGCAGUGGCAAUGUGUCCCUCGUGUGGUCGAGGAGCUUGCUAAACAGGAGGGUAAGGGUUCUUCAGCACUUUCAAAGGGAGAUCUCUGUAGUCAGGCCAAGGCAUGGAAACAAAUAUACGAGGAGGAAAUACAAAGGUUAGAGACUGACUGUUCAUCAGAGAGGAAAAAGCAGAAGACAGAUGAAAAUGAAAGAAGCAACAGUGGCAGAUGCAAAGCAACUCCAAGUGAUGCAGUCGGGUAUGACAGUGAUGAAACAAUUGAAAUGACAAACGAAGAAAUAGAACUUGCUUUAAAAAAUGUGACUUCCUAAGAUAGUUCUAAGGCAGACCAAAUUUUUGUGUAUAAGAGGCUGAAGAAGGCUUAUGAUACUAGUGUUACUUCACUGCAGGUGAAACAUUUACAAACACAGAAAACACUUUGUCAAUUUUAUGUCUGACCAUUUAACAAUCUCCAGAGUGUUCAGUUUAGUUGUAAUGGAAGCAUUCUGGAGAUUAACCCUUGAAGUUUGGGCAUUCUGGUUCUGUUUCUUUCUUUCCCCUGAUUUAAAAAUCUUGACUAUUGCUUUAAGCUAAGAGAAUAUUAAAAGUGGGUCAAAUUUUUUGGCUUAUGUUAUGAUA